AAGACUGAUGUUUCUAGCAGCUACUAGCCCUUUUGAUCUAGAUCAAAGGCAUUGCAGUUGCUCGCUCCCAGCCUCAAGUUCGAGCUGCCCCCGUCGCUUUCCCUACUGUUCCAGCGAUGCUUGGCCUGAUCUUACUGGGGCUCUUGCCUGUCUUGCCUGCAGGGCCAGCAGGGCCAGCCUGCCAGAAGGGAUCCCCAGGCUUAUCGCUCUUGGCUCACAAGCGCCAGCUGCACAAAUCAGCUCAGCCAGCACAGCCAGGUCCGCCUGAAACCGCUGGGGACAUCUUCUUUCCCAGUUAUAACUCCCCUUGGUGUCCUUGUGGUGGUUACCCCGAGUAUUGUGGCCUCAUUCAGACUGAUGCGAGUUCUCAACAAGGUGAGGGAUCAGAUGGUCGCUAUAACCAAACAGCUCAGUGCCAUGAAGAAAACUGUGGCGAGCAUUACCCGGCCAGUCCCUUUGCUUGUGCCAAUGUGGGUGGUCAAUGCAUUGGUGUUGCGGGAAAUUGCUUGUAUUCCACAUCCAUGGUUGUGAACACUUCGGAGAGCUGUGGAUCAAGGGAAUGCUUCUGUGCAAAGGUGGCUCCGGGUCAGUGUACUGCAGAGAAUUUCCCAGGAUAUGAGAUUGUCCAGAACGGUGCUUAUAACUUGACCACUGGCAAGAAAUGGCACCCGGUUGGAGACGGCUCAUCUUUUGUCUAUCCACCCGACCUCCGAGCAUGGGAGCCCGUGGGUGGCCCUGGAAACCAUGCUUGUCGGGCCGACAACAGUUCUGACAACAAUCCCGACUAUUACCGCGUUCAUAACAUCCAUUCCCUAUCAGAAUGCAAAGACCUAUGCGAGCGCACCGAUUUUUGCACCGGAAUUGAGUACAGUGCAGGGCGCUGUGAGAUCUGGAUGAAAUGCACGGGCAUGCAUGCAUUUAAGGAGAUCCCAGUGGAGAAGGGCGAGUUCACGUGUCUUCGUUAUGGUUGGCCCAUCAGCAAAAUGGUUCCAGUGGGUCCUCCAGGCACAACUCACCCCUGUCGGGGGAGAUCCAGUAGUGACAACCAUCCAAAACAUUAUGAGGUUGUGACGGGUGUCACUGAUAUUGAGGUGUGUAAAGCAUAUUGUGCCGCGAGGACAGGUUUGCCCUGCAGCUGGUAUCACUGCGAACCCAAAUGCAGCGGAAUUGAGUGGUCGCUGGGCCGAUGUGAGCUUUGGUUCGUGGAAAUUGAAGCCGUCAAUCCCAAUGUGGAUGGCUUCACAUGUCUGAAAUUUGACCUGUCCGCCUCCUAUUAAGACACCAUCGGCUUCACCUGGGGAAGAGGCAUAGCCCCAGCACCCUGAAUGAUUCAGGUGCAACUGUGCCUAGACUACAGGCUCAAUGGCAUGGGUCAAAAUUCU